CGUGGGGAAUAAGUUACAUAUGGCCAGUAGGUUUUCACCUGCAGAUGAACGCUUCGCAAAACCUCUAACAACUUGGAUCAGAAUGAGAAGAUCGACAGGAUGCAAUCAGAGUUUCCCUCCAUUUCUCGCCGGUAGUGGGCAGAAUAGAUUGGAUUCCUGGCGCUGAGUUUGAUGGGCACGACUAGCUUCGUGCGUUUAUUGCAAAUUUAUUGGGUUCUCCGAGGCUCUAAUUUCCUCUGGCUCAGGCUCAUUUUCACACUGCCAGCUCGCCAAGUCUUAAGGCUUUUUUUUCUUCUACUACGUUGCCCAUUUGGGGCGGCGUUGUUUUGGCCCCUAUUUUUUGCAGUGCUGAUUAUUCGUUCUUUCACUUCCACAAGAGCUGUCACUCGUUUCCAGCUCCAUUCACUCUUUAUUUUGUCUUACUCCACGUUAAUUUCUUGAUAUCAAAAAAAUAUAUAUACAUACAAAAUCAAUAUCUGAGAUAUCCAAUCAUACAGCUCCCUCCACAUCCACGUCGCAACAACGCAG